AGAUAGACAAUGAUUACAGCUGAAUUGAGUGAUUUCUUGGAAAUUAAUGAAAAGGAAAGUGUUCUCAGAGGAAUAUCAGCAAGUGAUAAGAUACUUUCAUCUGGAAUUUGUCAAUUUCUCGUUGCUGAGAAUGGACAAUGGAGGAAACCAGAUGAAGGAGCCGCUGUGGCAUUGUUCCUGAAAAACAGUACGGAGCGAUAUUACCGGAUAAUAGUAAUGGAACCAUCUGCAGAUCCAGAUUGGGAACCAACAAUUCAAUUUGAUUUUCUUAUUAGAGACAAAAGGUUUGAAACAAUACAGGAACAUGCGAGAUUACUCGUUUUUGAGGCAGAAUCCAGAUAUAUUGGAUUGAACUUUUACGACUCAAAGGAAUGUGAGAACUUUCACAAUAGUGUUUGUAAACGACAAACGAGAAGUACCGAUAAAGCAAAGCAGCCAGCAUUGGAGGGAAAGAAGAAGAAGAAAAGUAGUUUCUAUCAUAAUCCAUUCAAAUCCCACAAGGAACCAAGAAAACAAGUUGAAUUUGGAGCACCAAUAGAUUUUCGGCAUGUUGAUGGUUUGAAGUUGACAGAUGUACAAGAAGAUUUGUAUAUGCAAGUUAGGAGUAGAUUGAAUGUGAAUAAUCCAGAAGAAGAAGAGGAAAUUGUGAAGCAAUUGAUUGUAAGAAAUGAAGAUCAUAUUAGACAAUCAUUGAUGGUGAAAAAAGAGUCUCAAACUGUGAAAGGGGUUAAGGACAAACAUAAAGAUAAAGUCAAAACAAGUAAAAGCUUUUUUGGACGUAACAAACCAAAAGUCGAGGAUGUUUCUCAACCGAUUGUACCAGUCAUCACUGGUGAUCCAUUGAAUCCCGAUUGGACAGUAACCGCAGCAACAUCAUUCAAACAUAGUCACACUUUUGCUGCGAUCGAUCCCAUCAAGACUACGGACUGGGAAACUCCGAGAAAAGAUACUUAUGGAUCUACAAAUCAGCGACAGCCUCAAAACAUUUAUAAAUUCGAACAAGAACACGUUGAACAAACUUAUCAAAUUGAGAAAAUUGAAGUGGACGAUACACCGACAGAGUUGCCAAGUAGAGGUGCUUCAAGAAAUCCAGAAGAUCAGAUGACUAGAGGAGGUCUCUCAACUCCUCGAAUUCCAACUCAUCGUGACUCCUAUCGUUGGGCUACAAAACCAGACACUGUACCAAAGCAGACUCCUCCUCCAACUCCAAAUGCACCUUCACAUUCUCAUCAAGUUGAUCAGUUUGCUGAGUUCAAACUAGUGGAACCUAAAACACCAACACGAGUGGCUCCACCGCCCCCUCCUUCGGCUCCGCCUACUAUUAAAUUCCCUAUUUCGACUGGAACAUCGUACUCUUCGACAACUCCACCUACCACUCCAAAACCUGCUCCUCCUCCUCCAUCACGUAUUCCAAAUCCUUCUCCUUCUCCGCAACCUGCCGAAGUUAGUAAAUCUCCACCACCACCUCCACCACUUCCACCGAUUGCAACGCCUUCUUCUGUACCUCCACCUCCACCUCCACCACCGGCUCUAGAACAAGAAAUCUCUGGGCCACCAACAGUUAGAUUAACUGCUGUUCCAGAAUCUAAUUCUGAUCGAAGAAGUCUAAUGGAUCAAAUCCGUUCAAUCGAUCGUUCACAAGUCUUGCGUAAAGUCAGUGAUACACCUGACACGAGGCAAUCUGUCCCAUCACCGACGUCUGGAACAAUUGUCGAUCAGAUUCAGAACUUCCUCGAUGCAAGAAGAUCCGGAAUAAAUCCAAGUGAUUCGGAAGAAUCUGAAUACUCUACAGUAACCGCAGCAACAUCAUUCAAACAUAGUCACACUUUUUCUGCGGAUCCCAUCAAGGAUCCAUCAGUGCUGCUGAAUAGAAGCGCUUCAGUGCGAGUUCGAGGAAGUCUCUCAACUUCUCGAAUUCCACCUCAUUGGGACUCCUAUCGUUGGACUACAAAACCAGACACUGUUCCUAAGCAGACUCCUCCUCCAACUCACAAUUCCAAUGUUCUUCCUCAUAUUGAUGAGAAUGACCAUGACGAGGAAAAUGAUAUUAAUGAAGAACCACCAAAACCUCCGAGAAAAAGUGUUUCCUUUCGAGUUAGAGAAAAACCAAUAGCAGAGGCUCCGCUUCGUCCUCCAGCUCGUCCUGCUCCAAUUGUUCCUACUUCGGCUGGACUUUCUUUAGUGCUCGCAGCCUCACUUCCCACUUCAUCAACUCCUUCUCGUUUUUUGAAUCCUUUUCCUGCUCCACUACCAGCAGAAAGCUUCUUCGGGAAUAGCAAAUCCAAAAUCGCAUAUUUUAUAAAACCCACAAAUGAGCAACCACAAGAACUUUUUCAAACUCCCGUUCAAAUAGAAAAAAUAUUUUCUUCUACACCAUCAUCACCAGUUUCAAAUGCUGCAAUUAUAGAUGGAAUGAAAAAUAUCAGCUUAUCAGACUCCUCAACAUCAGUUGCACAGGAUAUAGCAAUGAAAGUACCUACACCGCUUCCUCGCACUUCAAAAAUUAUUUCUGCUUCUUCUCCAUUACCACCUUCACAAGAUGAAAUUAAUCCCUUAAUUGAAAUGGUGGAUCAAUCUAGUAGUAAAUCUGAAACUCAGAUUCCAGUUACCGAAUGCAGCCAGAAUCACUUAAAUGGAAAAGGCAGUGCUGCCCAAAUACAGUCAGCCGAUUUUGACAAAGUAUCGAAUCAAUUGCUGUCAAUAAAAGUCAAUUCAGAAAAAUCCGAACAAAGUGCAGAUGUGGAGCUUCUCCUCGUAUCAAUUGAAAAGCUGAUUCAAAACUAUCGGGGUUGUCAUCACGAAGAUUAAUCUGACUGAUUAGCUCUUUUUUGUGUCGAAUAAAUAAUUAUUUAACUC